GUUCUCUUCAAGUGGAAUAACUCACUCAUCCACAAUACUUUAAAAAAAUGGCUACUACACCACUAGCACUUAAGUUCCUCACAGUAGUCCUUUUCUUCUUUAUGAUUGGCCAAGACAUCAAUGCCAGAGACUUGAAGGUAGAGCUGCAAGAUCAUGAUCAAGUGGACUCGAAUGAUAAACCUUACAUUACACAAUACGGAGGCAGUAGACCAAAUUAUCCAGCUUCAUAUACCACCACCAAACACAACAAGCAUAUAUCACAUCUCGAAAAGCUAAGCGAGCCUUACAUGAAUGGCGGGUACAGACUUGCAUAUGGUAAACAUGAAGCCAAGAACCCGGAUUACACUACAGGGUACAAGACCCAUACCCAUGAAUCUAAUGAUAAGCUAAGUGAGCCUUAUAUGAAUGGCGGGUACAGACUUGCAUAUGGUAAACAUGAAGCCAACAACCCGGAUUACACUACAGGGUACAAGACCCAUACCCAUGAAUCUAAUGAAAAGCUAAGCGAGCCUUAUAUGAAUGGCGGGUACAGACUUGCAUAUGGUAAACAUGAAGCCAACAACCCGGAUUACACUACAGGGUACAAGACCCAUACCCAUGAAUCUAAUGAAAAGCUAAGCGAGCCUUAUAUGAAUGGCGGGUACAGACUUGCAUAUGGUAAACAUGAAGCCAAGAACCCAGAUUACACUACAGGGUACAAGACCCAUACCCAUGAAUCUAAUGAAAAGCUAAGCGAGCCGUAUAUGAAUGGCGGGUACAGACUUGCAUAUGGUAAACAUGAAGCCAAGAACGCGGAUUACACUACAGGGUACAAGACCCAUACCCAUGAAUCUAAUGAAAAGCUAAGCGAGCCUUACAUGAAUGGUGGGUACAGACUUGCAUAUGGUAAACAUGAAGCCAAGAACCCGGAUUACAUUACAGGGUACAAGACCCAUACCCCUGAAUCCCAUGAAUCUAAUGAAUUGUACGUAUCUGCAUAUGGUAACCAUGAAGCCAAGCAACCAAAUUACCUUAUCGGGAACAUAUCUGUUGGAAAUGACCCAAAAGACCCUCCAUCUACCACCUCAAAAGAUCUAGAAGGCUCCCAAUCUCCUAACUUGGAUCGUACAGAAGCUUUCAAGGUAGGAUUUUUCAAUUUGGAUGAUCUUUAUGUUGGAAAUGUAAUGACCCUUCAAUUUCCCGUCCAAGUGGUUUCUCCUUUUCUCUCAAAAAAAGAGGCUGACUCCAUUCCUCUUGCAAUGUCACAACUUCCAAGUGUUCUUCAACUCUUAUCAAUCCCUGAAGAUUCUCCUCAAGCUAAAUCCAUGAUAAAUUCACUUGGAGAGUGUGAAUCGGAAACCAUUACAGGGGAGACAAAGACUUGUGCCAACUCUCUAGAGUCCAUGCUCGAAUUUGUUAACACGAUCUUUGGUUCAGAUGCCAAAAUUAGUAUUCUAACCACCAACAAACCCUCACCGACAGCUGUCCCUUUACAGAAGUACACCAUUUUGGAAGUAUCCCAUGAUAUUGAUGCUCCAAAAUGGGUAGCUUGUCAUCCCCUCUCAUAUCCAUAUGCCAUUUACUUUUGUCAUUACAUAGCUACAGGGACUAGAGUGUUCAAGGUCUCGCUUGUCGGUGAUGAGAAUGGAGAUAAAAUGGAAGCUGUUGGAAUUUGCCAUUUGGACACAUCUGAUUGGAACCCAGAUCAUAUAAUAUUUAGGCAGCUUAGCAUUAAGGCCGGGAAGAACUCUCCAGUGUGUCACUUCUUACCUGUGAACCAUCUUCUGUGGGUUCCAAUGCAACCUUCAAAAGCCACCAUGUGAAGUGAGUUGGUCUAUCUAGACUUGUAUAAUAAAGGUUUAUCAAUCUCACUAGUGAUGGUUGUGAGUGAUGAGUGAUGACCAAUUUCGCGUGUUUGUAUGUCUUGUUUUUUUAGAGGAAACAUGUUUGUGUAUGUAUUGUUAUUGCUACUUUUUAUGCAUAAAUAAAUUAAAAAUUAUGUAGAAA